AUGAUGGGUAUCCCAAGGAGCAUUUCCAUUCCUACCAUGAUGGAUUUUCAGUGUGAGAACAAUCUCUCAAGAAGUAGUGAGCACAGAUGGCAGGAAGGUUCGUUUGCGUCUCUGGACGACAGCAGCCGUCACUUGCCCAGUUUGCCUCGACGCUACGAUGACGAUGAACUACAAGGAGAAGAAGACAGCUCCGCCAGGCCACCCAAAAUGCCACGACGAAGCAAGGAAGCACCGCCCAAGUUUCCUCAACGCCGACAGAGCAUGGCUGUUUCAAACAACGAUACUAGGAGCAAGAAUGAAGGUUUGGCAUCUGCAGCAUGA